AUGGGAGAGGUGCCGAUCAAUCCUACAGGAUUCGCCCAUGGUUUCCGUCCACUUGAAGGUGACCACCCUCCGGCAACGCCGACCCAGCGAAAUGCAACAGCAGCCUCGCAGUCCGUACAACAUGCUGGGAGCUUUCUGAGUGCGAUGAGCCAACCGCCGACGCCGGCAGGAGCUCACGGAGGUGCCGUUGGUAUGGGGUUCGGUCCUUCGAGAAAGAGACGGCGACUGCCAGGGCCCCUGGCGUUCUUGCAACACGGAGCUGGAAGCGCAGGGCAGCAGGACGGCGGCGGUGUUUCCGACGACGACAGCGCGCAACGGCGGCUGAGCAACGAUAGCGAUCCGAACGGGGGCGAGGCCGGGGGCGGACACUUCACGAAAGGGCCGUGGUUGUCGUUGUGCUCGGCCAUUGACGCCCCCAUCGCGGAGGAGGGAGCAAGUGACAGCAAGGCGGUGCAAGCGUUUCUGCGGGGAGCCGUGUCCCCGAUGUCGGAGGUCCUCGCCGGAGACUUUGAUCUGCGCGUGCCGGUCGUGACUGCUGUCAUCGACUCCUACACGAAGCUCUCAAUCAGUGACGUUGUCGUUGAGCUCGUGGACCCUUCAGGAAGAAUAAAAGGACACCUGCAUCCGGGCUGCUUGGAAGAGCACGGCCCCUCCUUAGGCCCAGGCGCGGCACUGCUACUUAAAGAAGUGUCUAUCUUCGUGUCGGGACCCGCCACUACCCGACUGCUCAACGUGCAUCCCGAUUGCGUCCUCGCCGUGUUUGCAGCGGACACGUCGCCACCAGCGCCUUCGCGUUUGGAGUGGCUCACAACUUGCGACCCGCCGUUCACGCCGCAGGCCGUCCCCGAUUCUGGCAACGGCAGACCCCCUCCACACCACCCUUCGAGUAGGACACCACCUCCGCCCACCACCCCGACAUCGGCGGCGACGAGACAGAGAGGGGAGGGGUUCGACCGACGAAGACCACAAGCACCGGCCGCCCGACGGAGUCCCGUUUAUGAUCAGCAGCAGAUGACGCCACGGUUGAGCCCUCCGGUUCGUCUGUCACCCCAGCGUUUGCGUAGGCAGGAGGAAGAUCAGCACGGGCAGCAUCAGCAGACCCGGCGCCACCUGCUAGUAGACAAAGCCAAGGGCGAGCAGCAAGGGCGGCAGAAGCCACCACAACCGAGCCCAAACAGCAGAAACGUAUCGCAAGAAGUCGGGAGUCAGUCCUCGGUUCUGAAUCAGGGCAGUAAGGAUAUGCUGCCGCCCUCCCCCUCCCCUUCCCUGGGUGGAUCGAGCCCUCCUGGGAUGUUCUCUCAGUCGCAAUCACCGUCGCCAUGGGAGCACCAGAUCGCCCUCGGGCAACACCGUGACGAUUCCAAGGAGAAGGGACAGGGACAGGGAGAUGAAGGUGCAGCAACAGCAGGCGACACAGCACCUUUCAGAGCUUCGGCUGGUAACAACAGCGCAGCAGCGGCGCGGGCCGGUGAGGAUUUGACGGGCGAAACCCGUGAUCCUCACGUCCGUGGUCCUUCGAGAGGUGGCAUGUCGGCGGAAGAUGGGCGGAUGCGGGGUCGUGUGGACUUCCCAGAUCCUCCUCGAGAAAGGCAGAGGGAUGGCGACAGCUCCCGGGCUGCUGCUCCCGGCGCAGGAACGGAUCAAGCGUCGUGCGUUGGAACACCGGACGCCGACCAUUGCAGCAAUGUCGGCGGUGAUGUAGAGCAGACGAGGGGCACCAGUACGUCCGCGACGGCGACCGGUUCUUCCGGCGCCACACAGGAUGGUUUGCGCCGUCGUCGAACACCCGUGCCCGAUCAUGGGGGCGGUUCGUCUCCUGAGGUUGUGGUGGGUGGACUCACCUCCAGCGAACACAGCUCAUCUGUCCCUACUCCCGAAGACGAGAGAGCGGAGGGUGGCGGAGGCCCAGGAGGCGGGCCACAGCCACGGCGAGGCGAAGAGAAGGAUCACGAGGAAAACGUCCGGCUCAAGGCAGCAGGCGGCUCUUCCUCCAUUUGGACCGACCUUGACGGCCUCGCUAGCAGCGACGACAGCAGUGAUGAUGAGGGGGUUAGUAGCAGGUCAACGGCAUUCCCUGAACGACACGGCUUGGCUGCUUCAAACGGUUCUGAAAAUAUCGCAGGACAGGAACAGCCGUUGCCACAGCAGCAGCCACAUCAACAGGAGGAAAGUGUGGGAGCCGAGAAGGGGAACGGACAUCGUGACCUCGAGGAAGCCAGCGCUCUGCUCUGCUCCAAUGGUCCCGACAAACCUACUGGCAGCGCGCAAGGUGCCGUACCAGGAGCGGAAGACUCAAACAAGCGUAACACACCAACAAUGGUGUCAGUAGCGCCCGGAGUGGAGUUAGGUCGUGCCGCUGCGAGGAGGGGCGAAACGCUUUCUCUCUUCGGGGGUGGUGUGAGCAACGCUGCAGAUGCUGAGCUGCUCGAUGCGGCACUAGACGACAGUGAAUAGAAGUGCGAGUUGGAAGGCCAUGUUGGGAUUUCGAUUUUGAAGAUGGGGCGUGCGGGCGCACUCGUUCGUUCAUGAAGCCCGGACAAAUGCUCACGUAGUGGGCAAGUAGCAGUUCUUGAUACCGAUCAUGGCCAUGCCAUGUCCGCGGCACGGUAGCGCAUCUCUCGCCUGUAGGCCUUGAGUUCGACACAGAAAAUCUGAAGGCGAAGGUCACUAUCCUGAUAACAAUGCCGCCGUUGUUGAUUCCCCUGCCAUCUGUAUCCGAAAGAAGCCUCUGUGCCCAAU